AUGUCUCGGCCCCAGAAUGCCAGUAUACCGGCCAUCACCGGAAACAUCGAUGAGCUGGUGGCGAUCCGGGUCUUCCCGGCGUCUAUCUCGCCGUACCGCCUGACCAUUAUCGCCUACGGCACGUCGUUUGUGGCCACGGUGAUUGGGUUCCCAUUUGACACCGUCAAGACGCGGAUGCAGCUGUACAAGAAGUUCACCUCGAUGUUCGACUGUGUCCGUCAAUCAUACAUGCAAGAUGGCGUCCGGGGCUUCUACAGGGGCAUCUGGGCGCCGCUCUUUCUGACCGCGUUUGUGCGCUCGGUCAGCGUGUCCAUUUUCACGGGCGCCAAGCCGCUCUGCUACGAUCUUUUGUACGGCUGGAACGGCGCCGCGGAAAUGGCGCAGAAACACCCGUUUGUGCUGAAUUUCCCGGUGUGCUUCUUUGCCGGGGCCGCUGCAGGAGUGGGCACGUCUCUCCUCUCGUGCCCCUUCGAGUUCACCAAAGUGUACUCGCAGAUUGCGUCGUUGGCACAGAAAUCGGCACCCUCGGCCAAGCCGGCCGCCUACGUCAAGCACUCUACGCUCGACACUGUGAGGGCCAUCUGCCGGCAGAACGGGCCUUUGGGUUUAUACUCCGGAUACCGGUACCAGGUGAUUAGGGACGCCAGUGGAUCGGGCAUCUACUUCGCUACAUACGAGGCCUUCAAAUGGACCUGCAAUGCGCUCAUCAACGGCACGCCGUCCGCGGCGUCGCCGGUGUCCAUCUUGCUUGCGGGCGGCAUGUCGGGGGUCACGUGCUGGGCCAUCAUCUUCCCGUUUGACACGCUCAAGUCGCUCAUCCAGAAGGACAUUGUCACCAACACUUUGCGCAAGGAACAGGGCCUCGAGCCCUACCCGGCAAGGACUCGCAAGUUGGAAAUCACCAAGCGCAUGUACCGGGGCUUGAGCGUGUCUAUGACUCGCACGUUCUUGGUCAACAUGGUGUUCUUCGGCACCUUUGAGUUUUCCAUGAAACACUUCAUCUAG